GAAAGAAAAAAAAAAAAAAAGGAGAAAAAGGAAAAAAAGAAGAAAAUGGUGGCAGCCAUUGCUGUAGCAGCUGCUGCUUCUUCAUCUAUUCCAAAAUCAGAUAUUCUUUCAUUGAGAAAACCAAGCCCUUCAUUUCUUGGUGGGUCCUUGAAAGACCUCUCUACUUUUCAGAUAAAACCCAAAAGCAGGGGAAGGGAUUUCAAAAGUUUUGUGGUUGAAGCUUUUACAACCAGCAGCAGCAGCAGCAGCAGCAGCAGCAAUGGAAGGUUUUAUCUGAAUUUCACUGGAUUCCCUUUCCCUCUCGGCCCUUUCCUCAACAGGCGCACCAUUCGGACCGAGGCUGUGAAGGAUUGCAUAUGGCUAUUCGAACAAGAGCAAGCAUUAGGAUUCAGCAGUGUCUCUACGAACAUCCGAAUGACGGUCAUAAAGCUCAAGUCAGGAGGAUUGUGGAUACAUGCUCCUAUUGCUCCAACCAAAGAAUGCAUUCAGCUUGUGAAGGAGUUGGAUGCCCCUGUAGAAUACAUUAUCUUGCCCACAUUUGCAUAUGAACACAAAAUCUUUGUCGGUCCAUUUUCGAGAAAGUUCCCACGAGCAGAAAUCUGGGUAGCACCAAGGCAAUGGAGUUGGCCCAUCAAUUUACCACUUGAAUUCUUUGGGAUUUUCCGUGCCAAAACACUCAGAGAUGAGGACAUGUCCACCCCAUGGGCUAAUGAGAUAGAACAAAAAGUUCUCAGCUCUCCGGAAGUUGGAAUUGGGCCAUAUGUGGAGGUUGCAUUUUAUCAUAAGCUUUCUCGGACAUUGCUGGUAACGGAUGCUGUAAUUUUUGUCCCAAGGCAGCCACCAGAAUGCAUUAGCAAAGAAUCCUUGUUGGCAUCUGCCAAGAAUGGUUUAGCAGUGAAGCUUCUUAGCAAAGGGAAGGAUGUGCCAGAGGAACCAGUGGUCGACAACAAAAUGAACCGUCAAAAAGGGUGGGAGAGAAUGGUUCUCCAAAUUUUGUUUCUAGGUCCAUCAAAUCUUUUGGAGCCCAAUGCCAGCUUUGCUCAAAUGUCACAGAAGCUGAUUGUUUCACCCAUUGUCAAGACAUUGGUUUUCAGCAAAGUUCCUGAAAAGGUGAGGGAUUGGAUCGAUGGAAUUGCCAAGGACUGGAGAUUCAAGAGAAUAAUCCCUGCCCAUUUUGCCGGCCCAAUUAAUGCAAGCAGGUCGGACUUGUUGGCAGCUUUUGCAUUCCUUGACGAGCUCUUGGGUGAGCGAUUUGUCACAAGGCCAUCCUUCUCUCUUCUUUUCACAUCCCUCAUGGGCAAGGCUGCCAGUUACUUCCCUCCAGAUGAUAUGAAGACAUUGUCUUCCCUUGACCAAUUCCUAGUCUCUGUUGGAGCUGUGAAGAAGACUGUCUCAGGAAGAAAACGGUGAUGGAAAGAGCCAUAUGUCCUGCACCAGUGGUUCCUGUCACACCUCAUCAGGAAUGGAGCUGUUGAGACACCAUUAGAAAACUUUCACCUCAUCUGGAAUGGAGCUGUUGAGACGCCAUUAAAAAACUUUGACCUCUUCGUUGCCGUUGGAUCUUCUCUUGCCAUCUUCCAAACCUCUUCAAACCCUCUCUUUCUCAAUUACUGAAAUAACUCAAACUAGAAACCCUGAAUUCACCAAGAGUCACCAUAUAUCUUGGAUUGAAGAUGAAAAUUGAAUGCUUGGAGUGAAAAAUAAAAUGGAAAAGCUGCCACCACUGUCAAAACCAUUCUUCUUGAAGAAAAGCGAUGAACCCCCUUAAGAUGGUGCACCUCA